AUGUCAGUGCCGCGGACCAUCAGUUGGCAAGUUGAUCAAGAGGGUACACGAUUCACGAAUCUCUUGAUCAUUUUGAAUUUCCGCUUUUCCCUUACAAGCCCGUGUCCUUCAACUUUAUUCUGUCAAGAUCAUGCCAGCCUGAGUUACAUGGUUUCUCGAUUUCUCACUGGGCAAAUCGAUCGUUUACUCGUGUGGUAACUGCAGCUAGUCCCUUAUCUUAUUCAUAUUGAUAUUAUAUGCGUCCAGUGCAUCCCGGGGAAUUGACCUUGAACUUACCAGGCAGAGGCAGCUCCUACAGUCAUCUUCCAACACUGUUUGUCACCUGUCACUCUCCUGCCACACCCCUUGGCCUUGAAUCUUGAUGCCCUCAAAUCCAGUCCUGGGACCCUCCAUUUCGUUUAAAUUGAUAUCAUGAAUGAAGGCAGUAUCAAGACCGGGUGUUCAAAAGUUCUUGGGCUUCUCGAUGGCACUGGGUUGGACUCUAUCAUUAAUAACGCUGCGAUCCCAUGGAAUAGCAGCAGCAAAGACAUCGUCAACAUGAGCUCCUCUUUUACCAGUGUCAACAAAGAUCUCGGGCCCGGAUCGACCAGCUACAAUAUCAGUAAGGUGGGACUUAACGUACUCGUAGGCGAUCCCUUCAUCGAAAUCUACAUGGGCGGCAAGGGUGCGGUGAUCGAGCCCCAUGUCUCCGAGUUUGUGACAGGCAUUGUGAACAUCGUGACGAAACCCACUACAGCUGAUGUGGGCAAGUUUUACAAUUAUUUGGGCAAGCAGAAUCCGUGGUGA